GAAAAACUGCCAGGGGACAUCUUCUGAGAGAACAAUGGCUUCCCUUUCAUCAUUAAGCCUCUGUCUUCUUACUCUGACACAUGCAGCAGCUCUUCAGUCAUCUGAUCAUUUGAUGAUGUUUGCCUUACCGGGAGAUGAUGUGACUUUGCCAUGUGGCAUACCCUCUGUCAAAUCCUGCUCCUCCGUUAGCUGGAGCAUGGCUGAACAAUUUGGAUCGGUUACUGUGGUGGCGAGAGCCGGAAAGGUGACGGCUAAAGAUGUCCGACUGGGUCUCCUAAAGGACUGCUCCCUGCAGAUGCAUCACCUGACACUCAACGAUGCACGACUUUACUCUUGUGACAGUGGAGAACUCACUUCAAGUGUUCAGCUUCAGAUUCUUCAACUCACUGAGAGCUCAACUCCUGCUGAAGGCACAAUAGAACUUCAUUGUUUCCUCAACACAUACAAGGGGCAUGUUCCUUGUAACAACACGGGGAUCCGCAUCAAGUGGAGCACUGAAAAUAAUACACCAUUGAAAGGAGAUAGAUUUCACUUUGACAAUCCCUCUGAAUGCUUCUCUAAACUGGUUAUCAAUAAAAAACUAACAGACCAUCACAGAAAAUGGACGUGCCGGCUGUUUCAGAAUGAAAUGGCUAAAUCUUCCAUCAGCUAUACAACAACAGUUAAAGAUGGCAUAGAGGAAGUGUUUGCUGUCGUGGGUGAGUCAGCAUCACUUUCCUGUGGCAACACUUCCUCUCUCAGCGCAGGCGAAGCAGUUAAAUGGGCUGCAGCUGGAAGGACACUGACAGAUGUUACGUCACCUUAUAAAGGCCAAACAGAGGAAUUUCAGGUGAAUAAAGACACAUCACUGGUCAUCAGCAAAGUGAGUGCUCUACAUGCCGGGGACUACGAGUGUUCACAGUCCACUGGCCAGCAAAAAGCGUUCAACAAAAUCAGGCUGCAUGUCCUCGAUGUGACUUCAGAGUGUGGGCCGGAAGGACAUAAUCUCACCUUGACUUGUGUGCUCACCUGCAGUAAUAAAUGUGAAAAAGACUUCAAUUUAACUUGGUCUGGAAGCAACCUUAAUGGCUGGCAGAGCAGUUUAAUGAAUGUUAAUAACACUCUGAGUAUCAGACUAUUUCUGCCAGCUGUUUCAGUGACAUCGGAUGACUUAACGUGCUCGCUGCUCAGAGAGGGCGAUGUGAUGGCAUCAAAGACGUGGCACAAGUUAAACCCUCUGUGGACUCCUGCUUGGUUAGCCCUUCUUCUGGGGCUCCUGAUAUGUAUAGCUGCUGGAGGACUCUACAUGUACAUGAAGAGAAAGCACAAGAAGGAUGCAGGCUCUGAAUCUGGAAAUGAACAGUCAAGUAUUGGAAUGACUGUUGUUUAUGAGGUCAUUCAGGAGGGGAAUAAUGAAGACACACAGCAGCAAAGACAAUCCAAAAGAGAAGCCGUGACCACCACUGACAGUUUCUAUGAUUUAUUGCAGGCUGUAAACUAGAGCUGAAUAAAAGUGUUUCUUUCUCCUUAA